AUGUCCACCACAAAAGCAACACCAACCCUCCGGUCGCUCUACCGCCGUCUCCUCCGCGAACUCCCACCGACGCCCCAACCACGACACACCCUCCCACGCACGCCCAUCCACGCGUCCAUCCGCAAACACGUCGUCUCGUCUUGGGGACAGCAACAGCAGCAGCAGCAGCAGCAUCACUCCGAGGCCCAGGCCCAGGCCCAGGCUCAGGCCCGCCUCCAGGAACUAGAGCAGUUCGUCACGUACCUCCGUGCGCAGAGAAUGUACGGCACGCUCCUCCAGCGGUAUAAUCCCGGCAUGGGCAUGGAUGAGGAGGAAAGAGUCCGCUUGACGGCGCGGCGCGUGGGGAUGGAUUUGCCGAUCGAGUAUGGAGAUGGGGAUGGGUAUGGUGGAGUGGGAGCGGGAGCUCGAGGAGGGGGGAAUAAGAAGUGA